AUGAUUAAAAUCGAAGAUAGUCGAUUACGAAAAAUUGUAAAAACUAAUAUAAAAUUUUCUAAUUGGGCACGUACAUUUGAAUGUAUACCUGAAUUGUAUUUUGAACCAGAAAAUGAUGAUGACAUUAUUAAGAUAAUCAAAUUGGCUAAGCAGUAUAAUAAAAAUGUAAGAGCGAUUGGAGUAGGUCAUUCACCAUCUGAUGUCGCGUGUACUGAAGGAAUCAUGAUUAACAUGGAAAAACUUAAUAAUAUCAUCGAGAUCGAUGUAGAAAAGAAAACCGUAGUGGUUGAAGCUGGUGCUAGAAUUGAUAUAUUAAAUGAAUGUUUAUGGAAACAUGGGUUAGCACUAAGGAAUUUAGGUUCAAUUUCUAAUUUAAGUAUUUCUGGCGCCAUAUCAACUUCUACUCAUGGUACAGGAAUAAAUUUUGGUAAUCUAUCUUCUCAGAUUAUCGGAUUAACUUUAUUGACAGCUUCAAAGGGAAUAAUAAAUUGCUCAGCAAAUGAAAAUGAAGACGUAUUUAAAGCAUCGUUAUGUAGUAUGGGUGCAUUAGGAAUCAUAUUAAAAGUUCAAAUACAAUGUGAAUCAGCAUUUAAAUUAGAAUCCAACCAAUAUCCAAUGAAAUUAAAUGAUAUAUUGAAUGACCUGGAUUCGAUUAUUUAUUCUGCGGAACACGUUAGAUUUUGGUGGUUUCCUCAUACGGAGAAUUGUGUUAUUUGGAAAGCCGAUCGAACAACUGGGGAUUUGAAAAUUCAACAACCCAGUUAUUUCAAAGAUCACAUAGUUUCAUAUCACCUUUAUCAAUUUUUGUUAUACAUUACUCGAUAUUUUCCAUCAACGGUUCCAUUAUUAACAACUCUAAUGUUUAAUUACAAAUUCUCUCAACCAAAACAAGUCAUAAAUGCUUCUUAUAAACAAUUUAACUUUGAUUGUUUAUUUCCACAUUAUACCAACGAAUGGGCUAUACCUCUGGAAAAAACCAAGGAAGCUUUAGAAAAAUUGUAUAAAUGGAUAAAUGAUAAUGAUGUUUUUGUUCAUUUUCCUGUUGAAGUACGAUUUGUAGAUAAAGAUGACAUUUGGUUAAGUCCUGCUUACAACAGAAAAGUUUGUUAUAUUGGCAUUGUUAUGUAUAGACCAUAUAAAAAGCCCGUCCCUUAUAAAAGGUAUUGGGCUGCAUUUGAAGAGAUAAUGAGAUCUUGUGACGGGAGGGCACAUUGGGCAAAGGCACAUACAAUGACAGCAGCAGAACUCGAAAAAUCAUACCCAAAAUAUAAAGGAUUCAUAGAAUUACAAAAAUCUUUAGAUCCAAAUGGAAUGUUUCUAAAUCUUUAUUUAAAAAGACAUUUAUUUGGAAUCGGUGAUAAAGAUUAUUUUAAAGCUAAAUUAUAA